GCCGCCGCUUGGGGCGAUCCCGGAACACUUCCGGGAGACAACUGUGUAAGUGUCUGUGAUGUGUGCUUCCGGCGGCUUCCAGGCUCGUUCCUCAGCCCCCGGGACCACCAGGCUGAAGUAGUGCGUACGAAAGGGGGGGGGGGGCUAGCAGCCCACCUGUCGUUGGGUCCAGCAAUCUCUAGCCAUGGACCGGGACCUUCUGCGGCAGUCGCUGAACUACCAUGGGCCGUCAUUGCUCUCCCUGCUCCGGAGCGAACAGCAGGACAAUCCGCACUUCCGGAGCCUCCUGGGGUCAGCGGCUGAGCCUGCUCGGGGACAGCCGCCCCAGCAGCAGUUACUGGGCAGAAAAGAGAAGAGAGUUGACAACAUUGAAAUACAAAAAUUCAUUUCCAAAAAAGCAGAUUUGCUUUUUGCACUUUCCUGGAAAUCAGAUGCACCUGCAAUUUCUGAAGUAAAUGAAGACAAUGAAGAUGGUUAUGCAGUCAUGCCACCUUUAGAGCAGUUCAUGGAGAUACCUAGUAUGGACCGGAGAGAGCUGUUUUUCCGAGAUAUUGAGCGUGGUGAUAUAGUGAUUGGAAGAAUUAGUUCCAUUCGGGAAUUUGGGUUUUUCAUGGUGUUGAUUUGUUUAGGCAGUGGCAUCAUAAGAGAUAUAUCUCACUUAGAAAUAACAGCUCUUUGUCCGUUAAGAGAUGUACCUUCUCAUAGUAACCACGGGGAUCCUUUAUCAUAUUACCAAACCGGUGACAUUAUUCGAGCUGGAAUCAAAGAUAUUGACAGAUACCAUGAAAAGCUUGCAGUAUCUCUGUAUAGCUCAUCUCUUCCACCACAUCUGUCUGGUAUUAAAUUAGGUGUAAUUAGUUCUGAAGAGCUUCCUUUAUACUACAGGAGAAGUGUUGAACUAAAUAGCAAUUCUUUGGAAUCCUAUGAAAAUAUCAUGCAGAGUUCCUUGGGAUUUGUUAAUCCAGGAGUAGUUGAAUUCCUCCUAGGAAAACUAGGAAUAGAUGACUCUAAUCCACCGUCUUUAAUGAGAGGCUUACAAAGCAAAAACUUUUCUGAAGAUGAUUUUGCUUCUGCAUUAAGAAAGAAACAGUCUGCAUCUUGGGCUUUAAAAUGUGUGAAGAUUGGAGUUGAUUAUUUUAAGGUCGGACGCCAUGUAGAUGCUAUGAAUGAAUACAAUAAGGCUCUGGAAAUAGACAAACAAAAUGUGGAAGCUUUGGUAGCUCGUGGAGCAUUAUACGCAACAAAAGGAAGUCUGAACAAAGCAAUAGAAGAUUUUGAGCUUGCAUUGGAAAACUGUCCAACUCAUAGGAAUGCAAGAAAAUACCUCUGCCAGACACUUGUGGAAAGAGGAGGGCAGUUAGAAGAAGAAGACAAGUUUUUAAAUGCUGAAAGUUACUACAAGAAAGCUUUGGCUUUGGAUGAGACUUUUAAAGAUGCAGAGGAUGCUUUGCAGAAGCUUCAUAAAUAUAUGCAGAAAUCUUUGGAAUUAAGAGAAAAACAAGCUGAAAAGGAAGAAAAGCAGAAAACAAAGAAAAUAGAAACAAGUGCAGAAAAGUUGCGUAAGCUCUUAAAAGAGGAGAAAAGGCUAAAGAAGAAAAGAAGAAAAUCAACUUCUUCCUCUUCAAGUGUUUCUUCUGCUGAUGAAUCUGAUUCUUCAUCAUCAUCAUCCUCUUCCUCUUCUGGUCACAAAAGGCAUAAGAAACAUAAGAGGAACCGUUCAGAGUCUUCUCGAAGUUCCAAAAGGCAUUUAGCUAAGGCCUCCUCAAGUCAGAUAGAUCAGAAUAGGAAAGAUGAGUGCUUCCCAGUUCCAGCCAAUACUUCAGCAUCUUUUCUUAACCAAAAACAAGAAGUGGAAAAACUACUGGAAAAGCAGGACAGGUUACCUUAUCAAAAGAAACAGGUAAAAGAGAAAGAUAGAUGCCCUCUCUCUUCAUCUUCAGUUGAAAUUCCGGAUGAUUUUGGAGGUAGGUCUGAAGAUCCAAGAGAUUUUUAUACUCAGGCAAGUAGUAGCAAAACAGAAAAACCAUAUAAAUCAGAAAAACAUUUUUCCAGUAGAAGAGAUUCCUCAGAUUCCUUUUAUAGGAAUUCAGAGGACAAAGUGAAAACUUACGGUUAUAGAAGAUUUGAAAAAGAUACAGAGGGAAGAAAAGAGCACUAUAGAAGGUGGGAGCCAGGUUCCGUGAGGCAUUCCACCUCACCAGCAUGCUCAGACUACUCUUAUAAGUCAGUUGAAAAAUAUAAAAAAUACUCUUACUCUGGAUCACGUGAUUUCAGUAGACAUGAGCAAAGAUACCCGUUAAACAAAAAUCAAGGAGAAUAUGAAAUAGAGGAUAAUUAUGAGGAGGACAUUAAAACAGAGGUUCCAGAAGCAGAUAGACUAAAUAGCAAAGAACAGUCAGAAAGUGGAAUUAAAAAAAAUUUACCUCAAAAUUUACUCAAUAUAUUUAAUCAGAUAGCUGCAUUUGAGAAAGAAAAAGGAAAUAAGCCAAAAAAUUAAUACGCCAGGGGACUUGGCACUGUUACACAAAAGGCUAUUAAUGAAAGUUUUGGGUCUUCUAGUCCAAAAGAAUCUCUGCUCCUAAAGCUAUUUUAUUUGUAGAGUUUGCAGAAAGCAGAUGCUUUUUAGCUAUUCUCAGAGCAUAUUUGUUUGAGUUGUGGGUCUCCUCACAGCUUGAUUUUUUAGGCUUUUCAUGUGUAUGUUUCUGUAUAGUAUUUCUUACUGUGAUGAUUUAAACUUCACCUAAAGAUAAUUCUCGAAGUAUUGCUUCCUCAUUGUAUUAUAGUGUAUGAUAAUUCCUUGGGUCCUCCUUAUCCUGCUGCUUGAGAGAAAAUUAAAUUUGUUCAUUGAACACUUGGAUUGUUUUCUUCAAAAAUUAUUCCACUGUCUUUUCUGUUAAAUUCUUUUCCCUCAGCUUUUGAAAGAGAUACACAGUAUUUGUUCCUUAAGUACCAUUUUAUAUUGAUCAUUUAUUUAAAUAUCAAAUUUUUUGUAUAACUUCUAACAUUAUAUACAGAUUAUCUGUCUUGCCUAAUUGACCUCUAAAGCUUGAUUUAAUUAUAAAUGGUUUGUGUGCCAGCUUAACAAGUACCUUAGGAAUAAAGCCAUGAAAGUUGAA